CUGCUCGUCACUUUUUCAUUUUCACUCGAUCGCGAAGGUUGUGUGUGCGUGCGUUUUCCCCAGCCAAUUUCCCAGCCGAAUUUCCGUGUGUGAGCCGCGCAUUCAACUGCAGCCCAUUCCGAAGACGAUAAUAAAUAACCAAACAAGAUGAGGCAUUUGAUGUUCCUAAUGCUGAUGGUGCUGCCCAUCGUCAUCUGCACGUUCUCGGCGCCCAACAAGUUCGGUGCCUAUGCUGCUGAGGCUGUGGAGGACGACCUGGUGGACGUGGACGGUGAGGAGGGCGCGGUAACUGGCGAAGAUGCGGAAGCGGACGAGGAUAGCGACUCGGGCAGCAGCAGUUCGCCAAAUGCGGACACCUAUCUGCUCUUCACGAAACCCUUGUACACACCUGGACAGCAGCUGGAUCUGCCCGGCGGCAAGCCCGUCGAGUUCCUGAUUGGAUUCACCAACAAGGGUUCCGAGGAAUUUGUGAUCGAGACGGUGGAGGCUUCUUUCCGCUAUCCCAUGGACUUCAACUACUUCAUCCAGAACUUCUCAGCUGUGGCCUACAACCGUGAGGUAAAGCCUGGAUUCGAGUCAACCGUUUCGUACACCUUCUUGCCCUCGGACCAAUUUGCCGGCCGUCCCUUCGGACUGAACAUUGCCUUGGCCUACCGUGAUGCCAAUGGUAUUCAGUACAACGAGGCUGUCUUCAACGAGACCGUUCUGAUUUCGGAAGUUGAUGAGGGUUUGGAUGGUGAGACCUUCUUCCUGUACGUUUUGUUGGCCGGCAUUGUUGUCUUGCUCCUGGUUAUCGGACAGCAGUACCUGCUGGGCAGCUCUGGCAAGAGGAAGCGUGCUGCCGCCAAGAAGGUGAUCGAGACCGGAACUGCCAACGACAGCACCAUUGACUACGAUUGGGUGCCACAGGAGACGCUGCGGGCGCUGCAGAAAUCGCCGCCUAAGUCCAAGACGCCCAAGACCUCGCCGAAGCCCGGCAAGCAGGCCAGCCCCAAGCCGGUCAGCCAGCAGAGUCCCAAGCAGCGCAAGGUCAAGCGUUCCGCUGGUGAUGAUUAAAUCUAAUCUGCUCAAGACUGCACAUAUCCCAACAACAACAACACCAAUAACGGCAGAGGCAACAACAGCAACAUCAGCGGCAGCCGGAGCAGCAACAAGCAAACCCCAUUUUUUCAUCCUGUAGGGAGCAGAGAGCAUAAAGUUUCGUAAUUAAUUAGUUAUGUACAUCAUGUUCGAUCAUUUCUAGAGAUACUAUCAUUUUUUUUUCGUCUAUCACGAGAUUGUUAGUCUUUAAACGAAUAACGAACCAACGUUUCCACAGAUUUGUUUUAGAAUUUUGAACUUUGAAAUGCCCAACUGCACAUACUCCAAACACAAACACACAAAUACAAAAAGAUAUAAAACAAAAAAAAAAACAAACCAACAAAUAUGAAACCUAAAGAAAUUCCUUUGUGAAAUUGUCUUCGUUUGUUGAAGACACAUUUGUAAAGAAAGAGAGAUAGGGAAGAGCAGCUUAGAGAAAAUGAGUCCUCGAACUAUAAGGAAUAUCGAGCGAUAAUGGAUAAGAAGACCGAUUGAUUGAUUGGUAUGUAAGACAAGAAAACCUUCCAACUGUACGAUAAAUUCAAAUUAGUCCUAUUAUUACAAAUCAAUUGAUAGUCCCUUGUGUUUAAUUUUGCGUUUACCCCCAUCCAAUUCCGAUCGUGACUGUAAUUCUUUUUCUGUUAGGAACGAAAGAUGUUGAAGUCAGUUUUUUUAGCUAGAGAAGUCGCAGGAAGUCGACCGAUGAAUAAAAAGAAAUUUUCUUACGACAAAAAAACAAAAUAAAAUUUGAAAAAAAAAUUAUAA